UGCUCCAUGGUGCAGAUGGCUUCACGGAGGGCAUCCGCUGUCUGGAACUGAUGCCCCUUAUUGCCAUCCAUCCAUCCCCAAAUGUUCUGAAUUGGAUUUAGAUCUGGAGAACAUGCAUCGUGGUCCAAAAGGAUGAGGUUAUUCCUCUGGAAGAAGUCCCCUCUCAGUCGGGAAUUGUGAAGUGCCCUGUUGUCCUGUUGGAAAAGCCAGUCAGUACUAACCACACAGAUGAGGACCUUCAGUCGUGACGGAUGCCCGCUACAGCAUCUCCCCAUAGCUAACUGCCGUUUGACGGCCCUGCACAACCUGAAGCUCCAUUGUUCCAUUGAAGGAAAAACCCACCCCAGAUUAUAAUGGCAGCCGUGUGGAAAACAUCUAAGGUGGGGUGUUCUUACAAUAACGUUGGAAGCCAUGAGGCGGACGUGGUCAGCAGGUGGAAAACUGACCUUCCAGAAACCGGAAGGGUGACGACUCCAUCCGAGCUCCGAGCUCGACGCUUCACCCACUUUACUCCAGCAGCCACAACCUGCUCUUCGGGAAAGGCUUCUGAUGGUUAUCGGACUGCACCAGUCUCCAGACUCCACCUCGAUUUGGACCGAGGAUCGUCCCGUGUCUUGACGGACAGCCAAUGGGAUCCUCCGGCUCAGGGUCGGGGACAUUUGGCUGGACCGCUUGACUUUUUUUCUUUGAAGAACUUUCAAAUGUCUCGCUGCGUCCAACCUCAGCUGGAGGGGCCUUGCGUGUCCAGCUCAAAAUCCCACCGCCAUCAAGAGAUCGCCACAGCGUGAAUACCCGGCACAAAGCAAGAUUUUGGCUUUGGGAGGUUCUGGUCUUACACUGUUGGUCAUCUGCUGAACAGCCUGUUUCACUCGAAUGCUUCUUAGCGAGACAUUGCUUCCUCAAAACAUCUCUUUGUCUCACUUCCAGUUCGUCUUUUUGCAUUUUGGAGCAUCUAUUUAGAACCUCCUAAAUAUAAAGUAAAGAUCCAACUUAUUAUAUGUUACUUAUUAUUCAAACCUCUAUGGCCCCCCUUUGCCCCAAUAGACACCUUCGUCCUUGGAGACGCCCAGUACUCUCUGCAGUUGUGUAAACAAGUCAUUUGGAUGAAUCAAAGUUGAAAGAAAGCCUUCAUGAAGGAUGCACAUCCUGGACUGCCGGUCCUUGCGGCAGAUCACAGCAAGUCUUGUUUACGUAGGUCUUACUUUCAUCUUUGGUUUUCCUCCUUAAAGCAACAGCGCCCGUGACGCCCGCUGAUGGCGUGAUGAUGAUGAUGAUGAUGCUGACUGUCACAGUGAAGGAUAACACUGAUGGAUAACAUGGCGUGCACCUGACGUCAUACAUUUUGUGUGCUAGGAAUACAAGUUUGAUGGGAAUGGUAAACUUCUAAAUCCUUCAAGAAACUAAGAACUUAACCUAACGAAGCAAAUCAACAUUUGCCAUCUUAUAUUUGCGUUCACUGUGUUCCGUGUGUACAUGUUGACACAGCCGUACGGCACUGCAGGAGACCCUUUCACACCGCCGGCGAUGUCCCGCUUGACUUCGCUCUUGGCUGCCUCCUAACCCAUCAGCUGUCACGCGUCCGAUGGGGUCACUUAGCACGUGAACGUGAGGACGUGAGCACAUUUCUGGAUCAAACAUGAGACAAUUGGUGAAUUGGAUCAAACACAAACGGAGCCACCUUAUUAAAACAUAUUGACUUGAUGAAUAAUAAGUCACACACACACACACACACACACCCUGGGUAGCUCCUCCCCUCCGUCCUUAUAAAGGCGCUGCUGGUCCAGGUGAGACUUCUCACUCGAGUUAGGGGUCUACACCAAAAACUACACCAAAAUGGAGCCCAGGGCCAUCUUUUGGACCUGGACUUGUUUGCUAGUCUUCCUGAUGCCAGUGAUCAGCUACCAGAAUGGUGCAGCCAUCUUUGACCUUCCAGUCAUGUCCUCAGCCAACGCGUCUCACGUGGGACAGGUGUGCUCCACCUGGGGCCGCACUCACUGGAAGACGCUGGACGGCUCCUUCUUCCAGCUGGCCUCCUCGUGCAACCACCUGCUGGCCGCCGACUGUCACAACGCCUACGAGAACUUCAACAUCCAGAUGAGGCGCAGGAUGGUCAAGGACGGCGGCGCCAUCGACGUCGUGCUGAUGAGGCUGGACGCCAACAUGGUGGAGCUCAGUCUCCACGGCGUGCGGCUCAAUGGGAAAAGGGUGUCCUUGCCCCUCAUCUCCUUUGGACUGACCAUCAAGGAGACCCCAUCCAGUGUCUUAGUGCAGACCAAACUGGGAGUCCAAGUGGUGUGGAACCUGGAUGACUCUCUAGAGAUUGAAAUUGCCAACAAGUACAAGAGUCUGACAUGCGGACUGUGUGGAAACUUUGAUGGCGUCAACAACGAGUUCAUGAAAGAUGGAAGGACAAUCUCUAUCCUGGACUACGCCGACAGUCACAGGGUUAGCGGACCAGCUGAGAACUGCGAGGACAAAGACCUGGUGCAGGACCCCGCUCAAGACUGUGGAGACCAGGAGCUGUGUGAGCAGUUCUUCUCCAGCGCUCCCUUCAGCAGCUGUCAAAAUCUUCUGGACGUGGACGCCUUCAUCAAAGUCUGCACGUCUGACACCUGCCACUCGUCCCACAACACCAGCGACUCGUCCCUCUGUCAGACCAUCUCAGAAUUCUCAAGACAGUGCGUCCACGCCGGCGGAGAGCCGGGAACAUGGAGGAACGCCACCUUCUGCCACAAGGAGUGUCCGUCCAGCAUGGAGUUCUCGGAGUGCAGCAGCUCGUGUCCUGACAGCUGCAGCAACCCCGAGGCCAGCCGCACGUGUGACACCCACUGUCACGAUGGAUGUGGCUGCCCCCCUGGCACGGUGCUGGAUGAUGUGGGCGACUCGGGCUGCGUUCCUGCUGACCAGUGUCCGUGUCUGCACAACAACCAAGUCUACCAGUCGGCACAGUCCUUCUCCUACAACUGCAGAACAUGUGUGUGUGAGAGUGGUCACUGGAGGUGCACGGAGGACAACUGUCCCGGGAGGUGCUCCUUGGAGGGCGGGGCCCACAUCAGCACCUUUGACGGCAAAGCCUACACCUUCCACGGAGACUGCACCUACGUCUUGUCGACGCACGCUAACGGCUCCUUGUACACGGUGCUGGUGGACCUGCUGACGUGCGGCCUGACGGACAGUCGGACCUGCCUCCAAGCAGUGACGCUGGCCUUAAACAGCAAGUCUGUGGUUGUUAAGAUUCACGCGUCUGGACGAGUCUUUGUCAACCACAUCCUCGCUCAGCUUCCUCUCUUCACAUCGGAGAUGAGCAUCUUCAGGCCGUCCUCCUUCUACGUCUUCAUCAGCACCAAGGCGGGCCUGAAGCUGGUGGUCCAGCUGUCCCCCCAGAUGCAGGUCUUCCUCUCAGCCCCCACCUCACUGAAAGGAAGCACCUCAGGCUUGUGUGGCAACUUCAACAACAUCAUGAGCGAUGACUUCCGGGUGAUGAGCGGCCUGGUGGAGGGCACGGCCGCCGCGUUCGCCAACACCUGGAAAACCAGAGGCAGCUGCUCGGAUGUCAAGACGCGCUUCGGACACCCCUGCAGUCAUGGCAUCAGCAAAGAGAGUUACGCUCAGUACUGGUGCUCCAAGCUAACCGACCCCAGCUCAGCCUUUGCCGCCUGCCACUCCGUCAUCAGCCCCGACACGUUCAAAGACAACUGCAUGUAUGACACCUGCAACUGUGAUGACACCGAGGAGUGCAUGUGUGCCGCGGCGUCCGCGUAUGUGUACGCCUGCUCAGCAGCCGGGAUCCAGAUCAGCGAUUGGAGGACCACCGUCUGUGGACGCUUCUCCUCAUGUCCGGCGGGCACGGUGUACGGAUACAACAUGAGCUGUUGCUCUCGAACCUGCCGCUCGCUCAGCCAGCCCGACUACUCGUGCCAGGCGGGCUUCACGGCGGUGGACGGCUGCGGGUGCUCCGAAGGAAGCUACAUGAACGAGCAGGGAAAGUGCGUGUCCCCCGCCGACUGUCCCUGUUACAUCCAAGACGCCGUCAUUUCUCACGGACAGGUGCUCAACAGCGAAGGAAGCGCAUGCAUCUGCAGACAUGGUGCCCUCAGCUGCUCUGGAGGAACGCCAUCACUGUCACAUGCUUGUGUGGCCCCCAUGGUCUACUUUGACUGCUCCACUGCACAGCCGGGGGCCACUGGCACCGAAUGUGAGAAAAGCUGCAGCACCGUGGACAUGGCUUGCAUCAGCAGCGGCUGCACCUCAGGCUGCAUGUGUCCUGAGGGUCUGCUGUCUGAUGGAGCGGGGGGCUGCAUCGCUGAGUCCAAGUGUCCGUGUGUGCACAAUGGGCAGGCCUACCAGCCUGGACACACUCUGAAGGUGGACUGCAACACCUGCUACUGCGAGGGCAGACGGUUCUCAUGCAGCACCAGGGUUUGUGAUGCAGUGUGCGGUGUGUAUGGCGACGGCCACUACGUCACCUUCGAUGACAAGAGGUUUGACUUCAGUGGACAGUGUGGAUACAGCCUCCUCCAGGACUACUGUGGAGCGGCUCAGGCCAAUGGAAGCUUCAGGAUUAUCAGCGAGAAUGUUCCGUGUGGAACCACAGGAACAACCUGCUCCAAGUCCAUCAAGAUCUUCCUGGAGGAGAAUGAAUUCCAGCUGAAGGAGGAGAACUUUCACGUGAUCAAGAGCAGCCGGCAGGUGUCGCCUGCUCAGGUGCACAAUAUGGGUCUGUACCUGGUGCUGACCCUCAAGCCAGGACUUGUGCUCAUGUGGGACAAGAAGACCAGUCUUUUCAUCAAACUGGCUCCACGCUUCCAGGGUCAGGUCUGCGGCCUGUGCGGCAACUAUGACGGCAACAUAAGGAACGACUUCACCAAACGCUCCCAAGAGGUCGUGACGGACGUCCUGGAGUUUGGGAACAGUUGGAAGGCGUCGCCCAGCUGCCCCGACGCCCAGCUCAUCAAGGACCCCUGCAGUGCCAACCGCUACCGAGCAGCGUGGGCCCAGAGACGAUGUAGCGUCAUCAUCAGUGCCACCUUCCGCAGGUGUCACUCACAGGUGGAUCCAGGUCCAUACUACGACGCCUGCGUGAGAGACUCCUGUGCUUGUGACAGCGGUGGCGACUGCGAGUGUUUCUGUACGGCGGUGGCGGCUUACGCCAAAGCUUGCAACGAGGCUGGAGCCUGUGUCUCGUGGAGAACGCCCAAACUGUGUCCAAUUUUCUGUGACUACUACAAUGCCCCCGCUGGCUGCGCAUGGCACUACAAGCCCUGUGGCACAAACUGCAUGAAGACGUGUAGGAAUCCUUCUGGGAAUUGUUCCGAUCUCAUCACCGGACUAGAAGGUUGUUAUCCACAGUGUCCUUCGAGCCAAGCGUACUUUGAUGAAGACACAAUGUCAUGUGUGUCCUGGGAGCAGUGCGGUUGCUACGACAACCAGGGCAUCCAUUACAGCCUCUCAGAUGUGGUUCCCACUGACAACUGUUACACUUGCUCCUGUACAGUCGCAGGAAUACAGUGUAGCUACAAGGUCCACACGUGCACAUGCUUCAUUAACGGUAAAACCUACACUUACGGCGCAACCAUCUACAACACCACGGAUGGGCUAGGAAACUGCAUGACGGCGACAUGUGGAGCCAAUAACACAAUGAACAGGAGCGUGCAUCCCUGCUUUACAACCAUUAGCCCUGGACAGCAAACUACACCCUUCACUUUCAGCACAGCUGAAGAAACGACUUCUGUUGUUAUUCUCACCACAUCAUCGCCAAAGAAAAGCACAGCUGAACCAAGAGAAACCACAACCUCAAGGGUAACUACCAGUAUACCUAAAGGAACAACCACCACAGAGACGACAACAAAAUACAUACCAUUCCCAACCGUAUUCACCACGGGCCCAUCAACCACUUCUACCACAUCACCUGGCAAAACUACAACCUCUGUACCAGCUGGCACAACAAUAACAAUGGAAAACCAAGGAACGACGCCCCAACCUUCUAUAGGUACCACCACCACCACCAAAGUACCAUCAACAACCACAUUUGGAACUACCACUCCACCUGGAGAAACCACUACAAGACAGAGAACGACUGUUGAAGGUGAGACAACAUCUGGAAUCACCACUGGACCAACAACCACUUCUACCACAAUACCUGGCAAAACUACAACCUCAUCACCAGGUCUGACAACAACAACUACGGAAAGCACAGGAACAACAUCCCAACCCUCUGUAAGUACCACAACCACCAAAGUGCCAUCAACAACCCCAUUUGGAACAACCACUCGACAUGGAGAAACCACAACAGGGCUCAGAACAACUGUAGAAGGUGAGACAACAACAUCAAGAAUCACCACUGGCCCAACAACCACUUCUACCACCAUACCUGGCAAAACUACAGUUGCAGCAUCAGGUGGAACAACUACGGACACGACAGGAACAACAUCCCAACCCUCUGUGGGUACCACGACCACCAAAGUACCAUCAACAACCACAUUCAAAACAACUACUCAACCUGGGGAAACCACUACAAGACAGAGAACAACUGUAGAAGGUGAGACAACAACAUCAAGAAUCACCACUGGCCCAACAACCACUUCUACCACAAUACCUGGCAAAACUACAGUUGCAGCAUCAGGUGGAACAACAACCACUACGGAAAACACAGGAACAACAUCCCAACCCUCUGUAGGUACGACAACCACCAAAGUACCAUCAACAACCAAAUUUGGAACUACCACUCGACCUGGAGAAACCACUAAAAGACAGACAACGACUGUCGAAGGUGAGAAAACAACAUUAGGAUUCACCACUGGACCGACAACCACAAGAUCUGGAACUACUACACGACCAGGAGAAACCACUACAGGACCGAGAACGACUGUCAAAGGGGGUACAACAUCUGGAAUCACCACUGGAAGAACAACCACUUUCACCACAAUACCUGGCCAAACUACAACCUCAGCACCAGGUGGGACAACGACAACUACGGAAAGCACAGGAAUAACAUCCCAACCAUUGGUGGGUACCACGACCACCAAAGUACCAUCAACAACCAUAUUUGGAACUACUAACCAACCUGGAGAAACCACUACAAGACAAAGAACAACUGUUGAAGGUGAAACAACAACACUUGGAUUCACCACUAGCCCAACAACCACUUCUACCACAAUAUCUGGCCAAACUACAACCUCAGCACCAGGUGGAACAACAACAACUACGGAAACCACAGGAACAACAUCAGAACCCCCUGUUGGUACCACGACCACCAAAGUACCAUCAACAACCACAUUCGAAACUACGACUCAACUUGGAGAAACCACUACAAGACAAAGAACAACUGUUGAAGGUGACAGAACAACACCAAGCUUCAACACGAGCCCAACAACCACUUCUACCACAAUACCUGGCCAAACUACAACCUCAGCACCAGGUGGAACAACUACGGAAACGAAAGGAACAACAUCCCAACCAUCGGUGGGUACUACGACCACCAACGUACCAUCAACAACCACAUUUGAAACUACCACUCGACCUGGAGAAACCACUACAAAACAGACAACGACUGUCCAAGGUGAGAAAACCACACUUGGAUUCACCACUGGACCAACAACUACUUCAACCACAAGAUCUGGAUCUACUACACAACCAGCAGAAACCACCACAGGACCGAGAACUACUGUCAAAGGUGAGACAACAACAUCUCGAAUCACCACUGGACCAACAACCACUUCUACCACAAUACCUGGCCAAACUACAACCUCAGCACCAGGUGGGACAUUGACAACUACGGAAACCACAGGAACAACAUCAGAACCCCCUGUUGGUACCACAACCACCAAAGUACCAUCAACAACCACAUUCGAAACUAUGACUCAACCUGGAGAAACCACUACAAGACAAAGAACAACUGUUGAAGGUGACAGAACAACACCAAGCUUCACCACUAGCCCAACAACCACUUCUACCACAAUACCUGGUCAAACUACAACCUCAGCACUAGGUGGGACAACAACAACUACGGAAAGAACAGGAACAACAUCUGAACCCGAUGUUGGUACCACGACCACCAACGUACCAUCAACAACCACAUUUGGAACUACCACUCAACCUGGAGAAACCACUACAAGACAAAGAACAACUGUUGAAGGUGACAGAACAACACCAAGCUUCACCACUAGCCCAACAACCACUUCUACCACAAUACCUGGCCAAACUACAACAACCUCAGCACCAGGUGGAACAACUACGGAAACGACAGGAACAACAUCCCAACCAUCGGUGGGUACUACGACCACCAACAUACCAUCAACAACCACAUUUGGAACUACCACUCGACCUGGAGAAACCACAACAAGACAGACAACGACUGUUAAAGGUGAGAAAACCACACCUGGCUUCACCACUGGAAGAACAACCACUUUCACCACAAUACCUGGCCAAACUACAACCUCAGCACCGGAAAGCACAGAAACAACAUCCCAACCAUUGGUGGGUACCACAACCACCAAAGUACUAUCAACAACCACACUUGGAACUACCAUUCGACCAGAAGAAACCACUACAGGACCGAGAACAACUGUCAAAGGUGAGACAACAUCCGGAAUCACCACUGGACCAACAACCACUUCUACUACAAUACCUGGCAUAACUACAACCUCAGCACUAGGUGGGACAACAACAAAUACGGAAAGAACAGGAACAACAUCUGAACCCUAUGUUGGUACCACGACCACCAAAGUACCAUCAACAACCACAUUCGGAACUACGACUCAACCUGGAGAAACCACUACAAGGCAGACAACAACUGUUGAAGGUGAGAGAACAACCCUUGGAUUCACCACUAGCCCAACAACCACUUCUACCACAAUAUCUGGCCAAACUACAACCUCAGCACCAGGUGGAACAACAACAACUACUACAGCAAGCACAGGAACAACAUCCCAGCCCUCUGUGGGUACUACGACCACCAAAGUACCAUCAACAACCACAUUUGGAACAACCACUCAACCUGGAGAAACCACUACAAGACAGACAACGACUGUCCAAGGUGAGAAAACCACACUUGGAUUCACCACUGGACCAACAACUACUUCAACCACAAGAUCUGGAUCUACUACACAACCAGGAGAAACCACCACAGGACCGAGAACUACUGUCAAAGGUGAGACAACAACAUCUCGAAUCACCACUGGACCAACAACCACUUCUACCACAAUACCUGGCCAAACUACAACCUCAGCACUAGGUGGAACAACAACAAAUACGGAAAGCACAGGAACAACAUCCCAACCCUCUGUGGGUACUACGACCACCAAAGUACCAUCAACAACCACAUUUGGAACUACUACUCGACCUGGAGAAACCACUACAAGACACAGAACAACUGUCGAAGGUGAGACUACAACACCUGGCUUCACCACUGGCCCAACAACCUCAAUAUCCCAACCCACUGUUGGUACCACUACAACCUCAGCACCGGGUGGGACAACAACAACUACCGAAAGAACAGGAACAACAUCCCAACCCUCUGUGAGUACCACGACCACCAAAGUACCAUCAACAGCAUCAGUCCAAACUACUACCCGACCUGGAGAAACCACUACAAGACAGAGAACGACUGUAGAAGGUGAGACAACAACACCUGGCUUCCUCUCUGGCCCAACGACCACUUCUACCACAAUACCUGGCCAAACUACAACCUCAGCACUAGGUGGAACAACAACAACUACGAAAAGCACAGGAACAACUUCCCAGCCCUCUGUGGGUACCACGACCACCAAAGUACCAUCAACAACCACAUUUGGAACAACCACUCAACCAGGAGAAACCACUACAAGACAGACAACGACUGUUAAAGGUGAGAAAACCACACCUGGCUUCACCACUGGCUCAACAACCACUUCUACCACAAUACCUGGCCAAACUACAACCACAGCACCAGGUGGAACAAAUCCAACAACGGAAACGACAGGAGCAACAUCCCAACUCUCCCGGAGUACCACAACUGCAAUAGUACCAUCAUCAACCACAUUUGGAACUACCACUCGACCAGAAGAAACUACUACAGGACCGAGAACAACUGUCAAAGGUGAGACAACAACAUCCCGAAUCAACACAGGACCAUCAACCACUUCUACCACAAUACCUGGCCAAACUACAACCUCAGCACUAGGCGGAACAACAACAAAUACGGAAAGCACGGGAAAAACAUCCCAACCCUCUGUGAGUACCACGACCACCAAAGUGCCAUCAACAACCACAGUCCGAACUACUACUCGACCAGGAGAAACCACUACAAGACAGAGAACGACUGUUGAAGGUGAGACAACAACACCUGGUUUCACCACUAGCCCAACAACCACUUCUACCACAAUAUCUGGCCAAACUACAACCUCAGCACCAGGUGGAACAACAACAACUACUACAGCAAGCACAGGAACAACAUCCCAGCCCUCUGUGGUUACCACGACCACCAACGUACCAUCAACAACCACAUUUGGAACAACCACUCAACCUGGAGAAACCACUACAAGACAGACACCGACUGUCCAAGGUGAGAAAACCACACUUGGAUUCACCACUGGACCAACAACUACUUCAACCACAAGAUCUGGAUCUACUACACAACCAGGAGAAACCACCACAGGACCGAGAACUACUGUCAAAGGUGAGACAACAACAUCUCGAAUCACCACUGGACCAACAACCACUUCUACCACAAUACCUGGCCAAACUACAACCUCAGCACUAGGUGGAACCACAACAAAUACGGAAAGCACAGGAACAACAUCCCAACCCUCUGUGGGUACCACGACCACCAAAGUACCAUCAACAACCACAUUUGGAACUACUACUCGACCUGGAGAAACCACUUCAAGACACAGAACAACUGUCGAAGGUGAGACUACAACACCUGGCUUCACCACUGGCCCAACAACCUCAAUAUCCCAACUCACUGUUGGUACCACUACAACCUCAGCACCAGGUGGGACAACAACAACUACCGAAAGAACAGGAACAACAUCCCAACCCUCUGUGAGUACCACGACCACCAAAGUACCAUCAACAGCAUCAGUCCAAACUAAUACCCGACCUGGAGAAACCACUACAAGACAGAGAACGACUGUCGAAGGUGAGACAACAACACCUGGCUUCCUCUCUGGCCCAACGACCACUUCUACCACAAUACCUGGCCAAACUACAACCUCAGCACUAGGUGGAACAACAACAACUACGAAAAGCACAGGAACAACUUCCCAGCCCUCUGUGGGUACCACGACCACCAAAGUACCAUCAACAACCACAUUUGGAACAACCACUCAACCAGGAGAAACCACUACAAGACAGACAACGACUGUUAAAGGUGAGAAAACCACACCUGGCUUCACCACUGGCUCAACGACCACUUCUACCACAAUACCUGGCCAAACUACAACCACAGCACCAGGUGGAACAAAUCCAACAACGGAAACGACAGGAGCAACAUCCCAACUCUCCCGGAGUACCACAACUGCAAUAGUACCAUCAUCAACCACAUUUGGAACUACCACUCGACCAGAAGAAACUACUACAGGACCGAGAACAACUGUCAAAGGUGAGACAACAACAUCCCGAAUCAACACAGGACCAUCAACCACUUCUACCACAAUACCUGGCCAAACUACAACCUCAGCACUAGGCGGAACAACAACAAAUACGGAAAGCACGGGAAAAACAUCCCAACCCUCUGUGAGUACCACGACCACCAAAGUGCCAUCAACAACCACAGUCCGAACUACUACUCGACCAGGAGAAACCACUACAAGACAGAGAACGACUGUUGAAGGUGAGACAACAACACCUGGUUUCACCACUAGCCCAACAACCACUUCUACCACAAUAUCUGGCCAAACUACAACCUCAGCACCAGGUGGAACAACAACAACUACUACAGCAAGCACAGGAACAACAUCCCAACCCUCUGUGGGUACCAUGACCACCAAAGUACCAUCAACAACCAAAUUUGGAACUACUACUCGACCUGGAGAAACCACUACAAGACACAGAACAACUGUCGAAGGUGAGACUACAACACCUGGCUUCACCACUGGCCCAACAACCUCAAUAUCCCAACCCACUGUUGGUACCACUACAACCUCAGCACCGGGUGGGACAACAACAACUACCGAAAGAACAGGAACAACAUCCCAACCCUCUGUGAGUACCACGACCACCAAAGUACCAUCAACAGCAUCAGUCCAAACUACUACCCGACCUGGAGAAACCACUACAAGACAGACAACGACUGUUAAAGGUGAUAAAACCACACCUGGCUUCACCACUGGCUCAACAACCACUUCUACCACAAUACCUGGCCAAACUACAACCUCAGCAGCAGGUGGAACAACAACAAAUCCGGAAAGCACAGGAACAACAUCCCAACCCUCUGUGGGUACCACGACCACCAAAGUACCAUCGUCAACCACAUCUGGAACUACCACUCGACCGGAAGAAACUACAACAGGACAGCGAACAACUGUAGAAGGUGAGACAACGAUAUCUGGAAUCACCACUGGGCCUACGAUCACUUCUACCUCAAUAACCAGCAAAACUACUACCUUAGCACCAGGUGGAAUGACAACAACUACAGAGAGUACAGGAAUAACAACCCAAUCCUCUGUGGGUACCACGACCACCAAAGUACCAUCAACAACCACAUUUGGAACUACUACUCGACCUGCAGAAACCAGUACAAGACAGAGAACAACUGUAGCAGGAGACGCAACAACACCUGGCUUCACCACUCGCCCAACAACCACAAUAACCAGCAAAACUACAACCUCAGAACCAGGUGGAACAACAACAACUUUGGAAAACACAGGAACAACAUCUCAACACUCUUUGAGCACCACAACUACCAAAGUAGGGGUUGUCACUCAAAGACCACAAACAACAGUGGUGAUUACACAGCCUUCUGUUUUGACCACCACUGUUUUGAGUCCUACGAGUGUUUCGGGAACCACAAUUAGUAGGCCAGUAACACAAACACUUCCUGGUAGUUCCGCUGUGUACACCAGCAGUGCAGUCGGUACUGGUCAAGCUGGAACCACAGUGUCUACUUUUUCACCCCCGUCCACCACAAUAUGUUCCUGUUUAUUCAAUGGAACCACGUACAGUCCUGGUGACAUGGUGUACAAUGUGACGGAUGGGCUAGGCUGGUGUUUCAUUGCCUACUGCAACACAAGCUGUAAAAUUGAUACACAUUACAGUUUGUGUUCAACAACGGUACCCAGCACGACCGCAUGGUCAACCACUCCAGAGUCCAGGACCACCACAACGCCAUCAAUUUCAACAUCAUCCAUGCCCCCGCCCACAGGCAGCUUGGACUGCACUAAUGCGUUUCCAUCAAGAAAGAAUGGCGAGUCCUGGGAAGUCAACAAGUGCACCAUAGCGACGUGCAGCAACGGCAUGGUCACAGAGUCACAGGCGGUCUGUCCCAAGACGCAAGAACUCAUCUGUGCCAAUGGACGUCAAGCCAUCAAGGUCUACGACUCCAAUGGCUGCUGCUUCCACUAUGAAUGUCAAUGCGUGUGCGGCAUCUGGGGCGGCCGCCACUACAUGACGUUUGACGGAAAGUCCUUCACUUUCCAUGAGAACUGCUCUUACUACCUGGUGAAGGAGAUCCUGGGCAAACACCAGCUGACCAUGGUGGUAAACAAGCACCACUGCGACCCCUCAGACGGCACCUUUUGCCCUCAGGCUCUGAAUAUAACAUAUAAGUCCUCACACGUGCUUCUGACUCAGAGGAGGACUAAGGGGAACGUCAACAAUGUGGUGUAUGUGAACGGGAAGCGCAUUUAUCCCGCUUGGAGCAACCCAGUGCUGCGCAUCACCAGCUCGGACUUGGUGAUCACACUGGAGAUAGCAGAGAUCCAGAGCCUGGUGGUCUACAGGGGCUCAUCUUUUACUAUCCACGUGCCCAACUCCCUCUUUGCUGGCAACACGGAGGGACAGUGCGGGACGUGCGACAACUCCCAGACCAACGACUGCCGCUCGCCCAACGGUCAGGUGGAGAGCUGCUCAGACUCCGCGGACCGCUGGCUUGUCCCGGGAACGCCGUGCGUCACGCCCACCGGCUCGCCAGUCGUCACUAUGACAACUGCAUUCACGCCGUCGCCCUCGCCCACACAGGCUGCUUGCAAGCCCGCCAUCUGUGACCUGAUCACCAGCAGCGUGUUUGCACCUUGCCACGCCGUCAUACCUCCUGGACCUUUUGUGGCAUCAUGUGUGUCUGACGUGUGCAACAACGCCGAGGACUCCUGCUCCAGUUUGGAGGCGUAUGCCACCCAGUGUUCCAGUGGGGGGGUGUGUGUGGACUGGAGGAACCACACAGACGGCCGUUGUGAAAUCACGUGUCCACACGACCAAGUCUUCAUGGCCUGUGGCCCUCUUGUGGAGCCGACGUGCAACGACAGGUACAACAAACUCUUCCAAGCUCAGUCCGCCGAGGUAUCCCGCAGGGCCAAGGAGGGCUGCUUCUGUCCACACGGCACCAUCUUGUUCAACAGCGUCCAUGACACUUGUGUCACUUCCUGUGACUGUGUGGGACCUGAUGGCAAACCCAAACAGCCCGGCGACAGGUGGACGAGCGACUGCAACACGUGUCGGUGCGACACAGACUCCAUGAGCAUCCAGUGCGAGCCCGUCCCGUGUCCGCCUGCUCGCAACCUGCCGUGCAGCGAGGCCGGCCUGCAGCUCGUCAACGAGACGGACGGCUGCUGCGCCACGCAGUCAUGUGAAUGUCACAGCGACUUGUGCCCCCCACCUCUGACCUGCUCGCUGGGCUUCAAGGUCAACGUCACCAAUGGCGCCUGCUGCUUGUCCUACACCUGUGAGCCUAAAGGCGUGUGUGUAUAUGACAUGACGGAGUACAAGCCUGGCAGCAAAAUAGUGACCCCACAACGUCCAUCAGAACCUCCAUCAGAAGCUCCAUCAGAAGCACCCAGCAUAUCAAAGCAGGUUGUGGAAACAACAGCGCCUCCAUCAGGACCACCUGGAACUACACCGCAGCCUUUUAAAGUGGGGCCGUGCCAGGACUGCUACUGUGGGCGUGACACAGACCCCCUCACCGGACUCAACGCCAUCACGUGCACGCCCGUCGUCUGCCAAACCGACUGCUCUGAGGGUUUCCAGUACCGCCCCUUGUUGGCCCGGUGUUGUGGCGAGUGUGUGCAGACAAGCUGCCUUGUCGUCACGCCUGGCAACACAACGCACGCCAUCGCGGUCAACAGCACGUUUGUGCCGCCUGGCGACUCGUGCACCAAGUUCACCUGCGAGAGCAUCAAUGGACGGCUGGUUACCAAGGAGACCAAGACCACCUGCCCCCCUUUUGACCCACUGGACUGUGAGCCUGGCACGGAGACGACAGACAAAGAUGGCUGCUGCCAACGCUGUCGGCUGCGUGGCUUCUGUGAGGUCCGAACGCAAGCCAGCGUGGUGGAGGUGAACGGCUGUCGCAGCAGCGCUCCCGUCAACGUGACAUCCUGCGUGGGCCGCUGCGGAAGCUCGUCCACGUACUCCUCGGCUGCCAACGCCAUGACGCACCAGUGCCAGUGCUGCCGCCAGGGCGCCACCAGUCGGCGACUGCUGGAACUGACGUGUCCCGACGGCUCCAAGUUGCAGCACGGCGCCACGGUGGUGGAGACGUGUCGCUGCAGCGAGGCCGCUUGCGUGUCCACCGGCACCGGCGAACCAAGGAGGCGCCGCUGAGCAACUACUUCCUCCUCUUCCUCAAUGACUGAAGCUUUCAUCCCGCACCGACUUCACUUGGCAUUUCUGGAACUCUUCUACCGGUUACAAGGUCACCUGAUAUGUCAUGCAUUUAUUAUACACCGUCAUUAUACACCAUGAUUAUACACCAGGAUUAUACACCAGGAUUAUACACCGUGAUUAUACACCAUGAUUAUACACCGUGAUUUUACACCAGGAUUAUAACCUUGAUUAUACACCAUGAUUAUACACCAUGAUUAUACACCAGGAUUAUACACCAUGAUUAUACACCAUGAUUAUACACCAUGAUUAUACACCAUGAUUAUACACCAUGAUUAUACACCAUGAUUAUACACCGUGAUUUUACACCGGGAUUAUACACCAGGAUUAUGACCUUGAUUAUACACCAUGAUUAUACACCAUGAUUUUACACCGGGAUUAUACACCGGGAUUAUAACCUUGAUUAUACACCAUGAUCAAACACCUUGAUUAUACACCUUGAUUAUACACCGUGAUUAUACACCGUGAUUAUACACCAUGAUUAUACACCUUGAUUAUACACCAUGAUUAUACACCAUGAUUAUACACCGUGAUUAUACACCGUGAUUAUACACCAUGAUUAUACACCAUGAUUAUACACCAUGAUUAUACACCGUGAUUAUACACCGUGAUUAUACACCAUGAUUAUACACCGUGAUUAUACACCUUGAUUAUACACCGUGAUUAUACACCGUGAUUAUACACCUUGAUUAUACACCAUGAUUAUACACCAUGAUUAUACACCUUGAUUAUACACCGUGAUUAUACACCAUGAUUAUACACCAUGAUUAUACACCGUGAUUAUACACCUUGAUUAUACACCGUGAUUAUACACCGUGAUUAUACACCAUGAUUAUACACCGUGAUUAUACACCAUGAUUAUACACCAUGAUUAUACACCAUGAUUAUACACCGUGAUUAUACACCAUGAUUAUACACCAUGAUUAUACACCAUGAUUAUACACCGUGAUUAUACACCAUGAUUUCUACAGCCUCUGUAAUGUGUUUGCUGGAAGAUGUGAUCCUUAUUCUUGCUAAUCAGACAAUA